AUGUUCGUUACAGUGAGAUAUGGAGCCAACUGCCAAGAGAUGGUGAACCUGCAGUGCCGCGUCCUGAUCCUCACGGCUCACCUGAAGAGGAAGUGUCAGUGCAGGCCUGAAGACUGCAUUGAUCUUCUGGAUGAAACUGGCACCCUGAUGAACCUGAGCAAAGUGGAAAAUCCUGCAUCUGAAUUCGCCAGUAAAUACCUUCGGGAAAGGGAGCGCUACAUCCUCAUCAGAGUCGUCCGAGAAAGCUCUGAAGCCACCUGCUAUGAAUCCUUGCUAGAGAACCUGGGAAAACACUACCCUGACCUAGCAGAUCAGCUGCAGAAGCUCUCGGCAAACACCCAGAUGAGAGACCACUGGAGGAGGGGCUCCUUGCAGAGAAGGGCUCAGCCCCUCACCAGCACCCCAGCCAGGCCCAGGCCCACCUCACAGAGCAAGAAGAGCUCAGAGCUCAAGGGCACCCCUAGAUGA